AUGGCGGAGGAGAGCGGCGUCUGCAGCUUUGUGUUCAAGAAGCGGGUCCGAGCCGCGGGCAGCGGACGGCGGAAACGGCCCGGCAGCGACCAGGAGCGGGGGUGGGAUUGUUGGGUGUCCCGCGGGCCUCAGGCCGGGGCCGUGCCCCUCACGCCGGCUUUGCCCGCAGAGAGCAGCGGGGAGGAGGGCAGCACCGUGGUGCGGAAGGAGCGGCGGCGGGACGCCCCCAACCCCAUGAUCCAGAAGACCAGGCGCUGCACGAGGGACAGGCCGGAGUACGCGCCGAGCAGCAGCGAGGAUGAGGAUCCUGCCAAGGAGAUCGGCGUCACCUACAAAUCCACCAGGUCGGCGAAACCUGUUGGCCCAGAAGACAUGGGAGCCACAGCAGUGUAUGAACUGGACACGGAGAAGGAGAAGGAUGCCCAGGCCAUCUUUGAGCGCAGCCAGAAAAUCCAGGAGGAGCUGAGAGGAAAGGAAGAUGAUAAAAUUUACCGUGGUAUUAACAACUACCAGAAGUAUGUGAAGCCCAAGGACACAUCGAUGGGAAAUGCCUCUUCAGGAAUGGUCAGGAAAGGCCCCAUCCGUGCUCCGGAGCACCUGCGGGCCACGGUGCGCUGGGACUACCAGCCCGACAUCUGCAAGGACUACAAAGAGACCGGCUUCUGCGGCUUUGGGGACAGCUGCAAGUUCCUGCACGACCGCUCGGACUACAAGCACGGCUGGCAGAUCGAACGGGAGCUGGACGAGGGCCGCUACGGCGUCAACGAUGACGAAAACUACGAGGUGAGCAGUGAUGAGGAGGACAUGCCUUUCAAAUGCUUCAUCUGCAGAGGUUCCUUCAAGAACCCCGUGGUCACCAAGUGUCGGCACUACUUCUGUGAGAGCUGUGCCCUGCAGCACUACCGCAAAUCCCAGCGCUGCUACGUGUGUGACAAGCAAACCAACGGGGUCUUCAACCCUGCCAAAGAGCUCAUGGCAAAAUUGGAAAAACACAAAGGGGAGGAAGAAGAGCAACAGUCAGAGCACGAAGAGGAUCCACAGUAGCAGAACACGUUUUGUACAUAAGUGAAUAAAGUUUUUAUAGGAGAAAAAAAAGCUCGCAGCUGUAGCCAGCAGUUGUCUCUCCAACCAGCAGCUACUGAACCACGUCCACCUGUGCUGGACUCAGUCUGUGCUGCCCUGGGGGGGCACAAGGCAGGACAGGUAAGACUCGAGGGCUGAGUGAGCCAUCUGCUACCCCCAGAACCCCUGAGUGCAGCUGGGCAAGGAGGCUGAAUGUUCAGUUACUUCCUAAUUGCUGCUUCUGACCAUGGUGCUGCUGUUUCACUCCUGACUGUGCACAGAUCCUGCUGCUGUGUAAGCAUGCAACAAAAAAAAUUUUAAAGAGUUUAAAAAUAUAUAAACUCUAAUCUUUGAGCAUGGAGCAAGCUGCAGGCAUGCAGUUCAUCCUUCACCCCAAAAAUGCUAAUUCAUGGGAAAGCAGGCUAGAGCACUGCAGUCACUGGACAUUUAUUCCCUCCUAUAUUGGUUCCUAGAACUCAGUGGGCUACACACCUCUUCAA